CAAUUUGCGAGACGAAUUUUAGAUCGAAGUUGGCGCCAUGGGCAACCUUGCAGGCCGAACGUCAAGCGAAGGCUCAAGAGGCUCCGACGGAAGCAUCUCCGUGGAGGAACUCCAAAAGCACAACACCAAGGACGAUGCCUGGAUGGUCCUCUUCGGUGAAGUCUUGGAUGUGACGAAGUUCAUCCCCAUACACCCCGGAGGCACUGAUACCAUUGACAUGUAUUUGGGCAAAGAUGCAACCGAAGAGUGGGUGGAAAUUCACAGCCCGGAGACCUUGGAGAAGAACCUGCAACACAUCACCAAGAUUGGAAAGAUCGAGGCGCGGCGGGGCCUGAUGUCCUGGCUCUACGAGCGCUUCGCAGCACCGAAGAGCGCCGGCGCCAGUGCCACACCUUCGGCGCCUGCGGAUGACGACUGGCCUCAAGGCACUCAGUUCACGGCUGCUUUUGAAGAGGAACUCAAGAAAGAAGAGGGACACUUUUCUUUGGAGACGCUGAAAAGGUGGAAUGGCAAAGAGCGUCCUAUGCUGAUUGCGCUUUGUGGUAUUGUCAUUGAUGUUUCUCCCAGCGAGAACUUCAUCCCAACCCACGGAUAUGGAAAGCUGUGGGCUGGCAAGGACUGCACCUGGGCGAUGGCGACAGCCAGCUGCCUGGGUCAUUUUCGAGAUGUUUUGUUUGAGAUCCACGUGUCUUUGAAAGCUGAGGAUGCCAAUCGUUUAGAUUUCAAGUUGGAGGAGCUCGAGGAACUUCAGUUCAAGUCCUUGGCAGGAUGGUACAAGCAUUUCACUGAGAAGUACCGUCAGGUUGGUACCUUGCAGGAACUGAAGGAUUGGGAUUUCAGCAAUAUCAUCGCCGAAGCCAAGGAGAUGCAAAAGAAAGGUUCAUACGCUUGAUGGGCCGGCAGCGCCAUUGUGGGGGACACGGCGCGCCCGUGACACCCGUUUUUGGGCGUACAGAGAAAAACGGUGGUUGUGUUCAAGUGAUUUGAAGUGGCACCUUGUGAA